UUAAGCUAUAUAGGAGAGAAAAAUGCGCCAUUUGUUUUAAUUUCCAUAACACCGCUUCUCCUCCAUCGCGCGCCUCGUGAUUGGCAGCUCACUGCGUCUGCGCUCUCCCCGACGAACCUGUCCCCCUCGUCGCCGGCGACGACGACAUGUCGGCACAUUCUACCGCCGCCUCUGCGCUGCUUAACUUGCUUCGGCCCCCGUUUUACUCCCGGCGCUUUCUCGAAGCGAGGUUUAAUCGCUCCGUACUCCGUGCUUCUCCCACUCCAUCCUCCGAUGUGGGUGAAUCGUACCUCGAUAUGUGGAAAAAGGCUGUGGAGCGAGAGCAGAAGUCACGUGAAUUCAUUAAACUAGCCGACGGGGGCCGGGAGCUGCCGGAUGUGCCGGCGGAAAGCAAAGAGACGGUGGAGCAGAAGACAGAACUUUUCAGGAAGAUUCUUGAUGUUCCCAAAGAGGAAAGAGAUCGCGUGCAGCGGUUGCAGGUCAUUGAUCGCGCUUCUGCUGCUAUUUCUGCCGCUCGAGCCUUUUUGAGGGACUCCCCUCCUCCGAAGUUUGAUUCUGAUGAACCCCAGGGGUCGCAAUCCGAUGGCGGCUCAGGUCGGCGUGAGGUGGUGAGGGAAAUCGUAGUAUCAGUUCCUGAGAACCAAGGAACUUCUGGGUAUGGAACUCCAGGUCCAGAUUUUUGGUCAUGGUCUCCCCCAAUGGCUGACAAUAGCCAACUGAGUGAUAAUGCCACAAGCUUACAGCCAGCUAAACAAUUAAAUCCUUCUCCAAAUGCAUCCUAUUCAGUCAUCGAAAUCGAACAGUCCGCCGAUAUCUUGCCGCUUCCUCUCGAGAGCAAGUUACGCGAAACUCUUCACGUACCUCUUCUUCCACCUCUUCAAUCAAUUGUGGAGACUGAAAAGGAAGAGACUGAAUCUUCCACAGACCUCUCCAUGGAAGCCAAUCAAGAGAAUCUUGAGGUGGUCUUUUCAGGACAUGCGGCUGAGGCUGCAGAAGCCCUUCAGAAGACCAAUGAAGGAGCAACACAUGGAGUAAAUCUUGAUGGUUCCAUGUGGUGGAGGGAUUCAGGUGUGGAUCAAAGGGAAGAUGGACUGGUUUACAGGUGGACACUGAAUCGGGGAGUUAGCGCAGAUGGAACAGUUGAAUGGGAGGACAAAUAUUGGGAGGCCUCUGAUCAAUUUGAGUAUAAGGAGCUUGGCUCGGAGAAAUCUGGACGUGAUGCUAAUGGAAAUGUUUGGCGUGAAUAUUGGAGAGAAUUUAUGCGCCAGGACGUUAGCAGCGGCCUUACUCAUUUUGAGAAGAGUGCAGACAAAUGGGGUAAGAAUGGCAAGGGUGAUGAAUGGCAAGAAAAAUGGUGGGAGCAUUACGAUGAUUCUGGGCAAACUGAGAAGUGGGCGCACAAAUGGUGCUGCAUUGAUCCCAAUACAAUCUUAGAGCCGGGCCAUGCACAUAUUUGGCAUGAGAGGUGGGGCGAGAAAUACGACGGUGAAGGAGGUAGCGUAAAAUACACCGACAAAUGGGCUGAACGAUCAGAGGGUGAUGGGUGGACAAAGUGGGGAGACAAAUGGGAUGAACACUUCGAUCGUAACGGGCACGGCGUUAAGCAAGGGGAGACAUGGUGGGAAGGAAGAAAUCAAGAUCGGUGGAACCGGACUUGGGGAGAGCGGCAUAAUGCAACAGGUUGGGUGCACAAAUAUGGGAAGAGCAGCUCUGGUGAGCACUGGGAUACUCAUGAGCAGCAGGAUACUUGGUAUGAGAGGUACCCUCACUAUGGCUUCCUGCAUUGCUUUGAGAACUCGCCGCAGCUUAGAGCAGUUAGAAAGCCGCCAUUAGAGGCUGCUUGAGACUCGAGAGAACCAGGUUUGAUGUUUUGGUUCUAUUUUAUGGGUUCUUUUGUCUAAAUAUGGUUUUGUAGGUUAUAUUUGAAUAUUUAACGCUUGAUUUUAGCUCUUGUGAUAUAUGUUUUAUUGCAUGUUAAUGAGAUAGGAAGUCAAAUCAUUAGGUGAUUGAUUGGUUGA